AUGCAGCCCGCACCCUCGUGGUGGCAGUGGCCAUCGCAAGGAAGCUCAGGGCCGCCUGCGAGGCUGUUCCCGUUCGUCGCCAACAUCAAGAUGGAAACGGGCUGCUGCCCGACGCCGCGCGAGUACCGAGGGUGCGAGGUGGACCUCUGGGAUGUCUUUGCCGCGUACGAGCCCGCCGCCGUGGGCAGGAGGAUCUGCCAUAAGAGGAGCAGCUGGGCGGACUGGCUCGGCGGGUGUGAGGGUGGCUGUGGGGCUUGUAUCUGGGUCUCGGUCCCGACCAGGGCGCUGGUGGAGCAGAUUGUGAGGGACUUCCACGGCCGGCAGAUGCGGGACGGCCGGCUUGUUGUGAAGGACACUUCCAUAGGUCUGGACGAAGGAGAAGGCGAAGGGGAUCCAGACGAAGGAAGUAAAGAUGAACAAGAUCAAGACGGAUGA